AUGAACUUACAACAAUAUCAACAACUUAAGACCUAUUUAGAAACCACCAAAACACUAAACAAUUUGAAUCAAACACAACAGCAAAGAUUCAGAAAGCAGGCCACCCAUUAUGUUGUCCAGAAUGACCUAUUAUUUCGAAAAAAUAAGAAAACGAAUGGUCUCACAGAGAGAUUCAACAAAACCCUCUGUUCUACUUUAGCAAAACUAGUUGGUGAUUAUAAAACCACUCGGGAUACCCUACUACCGGCAGCUCUAUUUGCUUACCAUACUUUCCCGAACCAUACUAGCAAAUAUGACCCAUUCUACCUUAUAUAUGGACACACUGCUACCCUUCCACUGGAUCUACAGUUACAACCGGAAGAAGACAUUUCAAAACCGCCCUUAGAACAAUCAUUGAAAUUGCAUGUCAAUAAAAUUACUGAACAAUUGUACCAACAGAGAAUUCAAGCCCAAAGUAAUAUCCAAAGAGCCCAACAGAAGCAAAAAAAAUACCACGAUUGUGACCUAAAGACUGUAAAAUUUAAAAUCAGUAAUUCAAGUGUUACUAUACAAGUCAGCCAAAGAAAAGAUCCUGAAGAACCUAGUGAACAUGAAUCAAUUAAAACUAUAUCACAAGAGACUAGCCUGGGAACCGAUGAUGUAUUUAUAGGCUAA